AAUGAUUUCCAGAUUUAUGGUCUCGGAGAACAUCAAAUUUUUUACUUCAUUUCUGAACCUCCAAAGGAAUGGACUUCCCCUAUGCAAUCUUCACAAUUAUUGCAACUCUACCACUUCUGCUUCUCAUAUGCUUUUUUGCUUUACUAGUGAAAAUCUUCACCAGAAAAUCAAUAGGAAAUCCAGCAUACCCUCCAGUGGCUGGCACAGUGCUCAGCCUGCUGAUCAACUUCAACAGAAUCUACGACUACUUGACAGAACUUGCUGCAAAGCACCAAACCUUCCGGCUUCUUGCUGAAGAUCAGAGUGAGAUAUACACGACUGAGGGUCGGAACAUUGAACACAUACUUAAGUCAAGCUUUGAUAAGUAUAAUAAAGGUCAAUACUUGCAAGGAAUCACAAAUGAUUUGCUUGGACAAGGCAUCUUUGUUGUUGAUGGUGCUAGCUGGAGGCAGCAGAGGAAGCUUGCUAGUGUUGAGUUCUCGACGCGGAUGUUGAGAGACUUUAGCUGCAACAUAUUCAGAAAAAAUGCAGUGAAAUUGAUUAGAGCUGUUUCACAGUUAUCUUUGUCAGCGGAUAUCUUUGAUAUACAAGAGUUGCUGAUGCGAUACUCUCUGGAUUCAAUCUUUGAAGUCGGGUUUGGAACAGAUCUUAACUGCAUGGAAUCCGACUCUGCUGGAUCCUCAUUUAUCAAGGCGUUUGAUGAUGCAACUUCGCUGAUAUACUGGCGCUAUAUAGAUCCGACCUGGAAGGUACAGCGGCUUCUCAACAUUGGCUUUGAAGCUUCCCUUGCCAAAAACGUCAAAUAUAUUCAUGCAUUUGUGCAGCAAGUAAUCAGUAAAAAGAGGGGACAGAUGGAAAUGCAGCAAAAUAGUGACAAGGAGGAUAUACUAUCAAGAUUUCUGAUUGAGAGUAAGAAAGAUCCGGAGAAGAUGAAUGAUGAAUAUCUGCGGGAUAUAAUUCUGAAUUUUAUACUUGCUGGGAAAGAUACUACAGCAAAUACUCUGUCAUGGUUUUUCUAUAUGCUCUGCAAGAAUCCACUGGUACAAGAAAGGAUUGUACAAGAAAUCAGAGAGGCUAUACCAGGGAACAGCAUUGAUGAGUUUGUGACAAAUACGACUGAUGACACAUUUGAGAAAAUGCAUUACCUUCAUGCCGCGUUGUCUGAGACCUUAAGGCUAUAUCCUGCAAUCCCCGUAGAUGGAAGGUGUGCGGAAGCUGAUGACAUUCUUCCAGAUGGCUACAGAGUUAAAAAGGGCGACAAUGUAUACUAUAUAGCAUAUGCAAUGGGCAGGAUGACCAACAUCUGGGGAGAUGAUGCCAAGGACUUUAAGCCGGAAAGAUGGCUCAACAAUGGGAUUUUCCAACCUGAAUCACCAUUCAAAUUCAUUGCAUUUCAUGCUGGACCAAGAAUGUGCCUUGGGAAAGAUUUUGCUUAUCGACAGAUGAAGAUAGUAUCAGUUGGGCUUCUCCGUUAUUUCAGAUUCAAACUAGCUGAUGAGAAAAGAGCUGUAACGUACAAACCUACGUUUACACUACAUGUUGAUGGAGGUCUACAUCUUCUUGCAAUUUCAAGGCCAGAUUAAUUGAAUCUCUGGUUGCAACAACAGUGUCAGUGCUUCCAGAGAACAUCACAUUACAGCUUCAUAAGUAGUGCUGCUUUGCGAGCAUGGAAUCAACCAUUUAAAACUCAAAUUAUUAUUAUCAAACGAUGCAGUGAACUUGGGUGUUGGCCGUCACUAUCAUUAUAUCCCGUAUUAAUGCCCUAAAUAUCACGAUUUAGAAAAAUGGCUCCCAAAUAUCAUUUAGUCAUGUAAUAUGGUGUAGACGUUUUGCGGGAGUUAAACCUUCUAACUGGUACUGGGGACCAUUUUUCGUGAACUUGUACUAGUGUUUAUUAUGAUUCAAAAGCUUGUUGAAAAUA